CUUGGCCGAUCUUCAAUAUCCAUCACCGUCAACUUCCAGCCGAUUAUGACAGCAACACUCCACGGCCACUGCGUCUGCGGACAAGUAGCCUACCGCGUCGAGCUCGACUCGGCCGAGGAUGCAAGAACAUCGCUGUGCCACUGCACUAGCUGCAAGCGGGCUUUUGGGACGGAGAAUGGCGUAACGACCAAGGUCCCUCUUCAAGGCUUCACCUACACCCAAGGCAAACCAAAACAGCACAAGCAGGACAGCAACGGCGUGAUUCGGGAGUUUUGUGGCGACUGCGGCGCAUACCUCUGCGAGUACGGAGAGGCAGCCGCCGAAAAGUUUCGCUACGUCGCCUGGGGCACCUUUGACGACCAGGACCGCGACAGGGUGCCUCCAAAGGGCGAGUUUUUCUGUUCGCAGCGGGAUGGAUGGAUGCCUGAGGUGCCUGGAGUUUUCCACAAGCAGGAGAUAAAGCACAAACUUGCGGCUGUCACUGGCUGGGUCGAGACGUAUCACGAAGUCUUUCGUGGCGGGCAGUUUGUCUUCAAGCUCCAAGAAUGGCAUGAGAAAUACGGCCCCGUCGUCCGCAUCGGACCCUCUGAAGUCCACAUCUCAGACCCGGACUGCGUCGACACCAUCCUUGCCGGAGGGCCCGGCGCGCAGUACGACAAGAAGAAGGAGUGGAAGCGGCGCUUCGGCGACCAGCACUCGGGCUUCAGCACCAUCGACCACCGCCACCACCGCCUGCGCAGGUCGGCCCUGGCGCCCUUUUUCUCCAAGCAGAAGAUCGCCGGCAUCGAGCGAUACGUCGCCGCAAAGGUCCACCGGCUCUGCGAUCGACUGCAAGGGGACUACGGCGGCGGCGGCGCCCCGGUCCUGCUCAACAAGUGCUUCGCGUCCAUGGCAUUUGACAUCGUCACGUAUUAUGCCUUUGCCCGGUCCUUCGACUACAUGGAGCACCCGACGUUCGACGCCGAGCUGACCAACUCGUUGAAGACGCUGGUCCGGUCCUGUCAUGUCAUGGGCCAGUUUCCUUGGAUUUUGGGCCUCCUUGAAAGUCUGCCGCGACGGGUUGCUGAGGCGUUGAACCCGAGUCUGCGUGUAUUCAACACGUUUAUAGAUCAAAUAGACACGCAGAUCAAAGCCAUCAAGUCUGGGGACAACCAGGCAUACAAAGAAGUAGCACACAAGACCAUUUUCAAGGAGCUAUUCGACACAAACCUGCCUCCAGAGGAAAAGACGGUCGAACGGCUGAGAGACGAGGGUGUGUCCAUCGUCGGAGCCGGCGUUGAAACAACCUCAAACGUGCUCUCCAAGGCCGUCUUCUGGAUCCUGAAUGACGCAGCCAUCCACCGACGCCUGGCCGCCGAGCUCGACUCGGUCUGGCCCGACCCUUCCUCGGAGGAGCAAACCCCGGCCCUGUCGACGCUCGAAGCCCUCCCCUACCUCGGCGCCGUGCUGGACGAGGCCCUGGGGCUGUCGUACCCCGUGACGGGCCGAUCGGACGCGCUCGAGUUUCGGCCCGAGCGCUGGCUGCGCGGCGACGACAAGGCCUUGAGGAAGUAUCUCGUCGCCUUCAGCCGCGGGCCGCGCAUGUGUCUUGGCAUGAACCUUGCGAGGGCCGAGUUGUUCAUCGGGCUGGCUGUCGUCAUUCGCCGAUUGAGCAUGGAGCUAUUCGAGACGACCGAGGAGGCGGUUGCGGUCGGCGCCGACUACUUUGUUCCUAUUCCUCCUGCUGGUGCUGAAUGGGUCAAGGUGCUGGUCAAGUGA